GAGGCCCGAAAGGCAGCCAAUGACACAACAUUGGCAAGUGUUGCUUCCAAUCUGGAGCCCAUUGGGCGAAUUCAGAUGAGAACGCGACGGACACUUCGUGGACACUUAGCUAAGAUUUAUGCUAUGCACUGGGCUUCUGAUAGCAGAAAUCUCGUGUCAGCCUCUCAGGAUGGUAAACUUAUCGUUUGGGAUUCAUACACAACAAAUAAGGUCCAUGCGAUUCCUCUUCGUUCGUCCUGGGUUAUGACAUGUGCCUAUGCUCCUUCUGGUAGUUUUGUAGCCUGCGGAGGAUUGGACAACAUUUGCUCUAUUUAUUCACUCAAAACUAGGGAGGGAAAUGUGCGAGUCUCGCGCGAACUGCCUGGCCAUACGGGAUAUCUGUCGUGCUGCCGAUUCCUGGACGAUAACCAAAUUGUGACAUCCUCUGGAGAUAUGACUUGGUUUGUAUUUUUACAAAGGUUUUAA